UUCACUAACAAACAGGACAUUGUUAUAAUUUAUUCAAAUAUUACCGCCAUUGAUAUUCGCAUCGAUACUAUCGCGAUAGUCGAGCUUAUUGCGUUGCAGUCGAUCCCCGAUUAAUGUACCGGGCUGCCAACUCUGCCAUUUUAUUGCGUUUUGUGUAAUUGAAUGCACAAAGACUAAAGUUCGCACACGUGUUUUAGAAAGGGGAAGAACUGCAUCACAAAGAGGUAGAUUUACAAUGUCCCAAAGGCCAACAUCGUCGCAGAACAUGAAGCGCGGAAGCUCUUCCUCCGGCGAAGCUCCACUAUCGCAGCAGAUGAAGCAGAAUGCUCAGAAAAUGAACGAUUUGGUGGAGGAGCUGCAACAGGAGAACUCCGGGCGCAACCGGCAGCCGGAGCGCCACAACAUCCAUAUGGAGCAGUUCAACCGGGAGCGCGAGGGCAUUCUACUGCAGCUGCAACAGGAAAUGUCCAACUAUGCGACCAUUCAGGAAAAGUUUCAGGAGCAGGAGAAGUCAAUGCAGUUAAUUAUUCAAGAACUGGAGAGCGACCGCUUGGCCUUGUUAGACGAGCUUGCGGUUAAUGAUGUCAUGAGCGCGGACAGCAUUGACGACCUAAGCGAGGAGCUGAAUGGACUAAAUGACAAGCUAAAUGGGAUGACCGAGGACACCUCAUGCCCUAUCUGCAUGUCCCAGUGGCAGGCUGAGGGCGGCCAUCGUCUGGUGUCGCUGCGCUGCGGUCAUCUCUUUGGGAACAGUUGCAUCCGCACGGCUCUGCGUCGUUCGCGUCAGUGCCCUAUCUGCAUGAAACGGGCUCAUCCUGCCGACGUGCGAAAGAUCUACGGCAGUGCCGUUUUUCCAAAUUGAAUAUUAGCUGCGAUUAUUGGAAUCCUGAAUCUGAACAGCAUUUCGCUUAUCUUAAGUUUUUAUUUCCCUAAUCUACGAAUGAGAUUGAAUUUCAUAACUUGCUACCAAAAGUAACAAGAUCUCUGUAAACAAAACUGUUUAAAAAUGAUGAGGCGUGCCAACUAAGCAUAUUUAAAAGACACUAAAUAACCAAAUGAACUGGGUUUCUCAAAUUAAUUUUAAAGCAUAUGAAUAUGUAAAGUAUUUGCUUUAUAAUAAACAAUGUUCUUGAACACUA